CUAGGAGCAGGGCAGGGCUGACGAGGAUGAUGCAGGGCAGGCUGGUCCAUCUUCUCCACAUGUUGUCUCCAUCAGUACCACUUUGUUGCUCAACGCAUGAAGUGGACUGAAGCUCAGACCUACUGCAGAGAGACAUACACAGACCUGGCCACCAUUGAAAACACUGAAGACAUGAACCAACUCAUCAACACAGUUCCAUCUGCUAGUCAGGUCUGGAUUGGUCUGUACAGUAACAUUGAUUGGAAGUGGUCAGAUGGGUACAGAGGGAGUGGAGCUGAAUAUAAGAACUGGGAAAAUCUUGAUGACAAUGAGCCAGACUUUGGCGGGGGUCAGUUUUGCGUGAACAUUGGAAACAGUGGAAGAUGGUGGGAUGAUGGUUGUGCAAUUGAAUAUCCAUUCAUCUGUUAUAAUGGAACACAGCUGGAUCCUGAAUUUGUUGUUGUGAAUCAGAGUAUGACCUGGUCCAAUGCUCAGAGGUACUGCAGGGCGAACUUCAUAGACCUGGCCACUGUGAGGAACGACACUGAGAACCAGCAGAUCCACAACUUGGUGCUGACGAAAGACUGGACAUGGAUCGGCCUGUACAGAGAUCCUGACUCCUUCCUUUAUAACUGGUCUGAUGGCAGUCCCUACUCACUCACCACAUGGGGUGAUAAACAUUCAGUUUCAGGAUCACUCAGAUCAAUGAUGUGUGGUGUGCAGGAAUCAAACCAAUGGACAUUCAAGUCCUGUGAAGAGAGAUUUCCAUUUGUCUGCUACAGCAUCCCUGUAAAGAGGUGAGUAGUUAAGCUGAGGAUGAAGGUGCAGGACUCCUCUGUGGAUCUCAAUGACCCUGCUGUGAAAGCAAACAUCCUG